GGAUAUACUCACCCAAUAGUAUGAGAACGUUUCGGGCUUUGCUUGACAAGACUGUCUCAGUUACAAGUAAUAAGACAGUGCCAAUGAUGCUCAGUGCGUCCGCCAUAUUCACUGAUAAGGUGUUGUCAGCAAGCUGACAUAUGUGUAGACUGAAGACUGUAGUGUUGGCAGUUUGCCGCCGGCUGCCGCCUUUCAACAUCUUUUUACUGACCUACUUACCGACCAGCUCAACUUUGCCUCCAAAAUUCAAAUUAGAGAACACCACGCAAUUUUGUUUAUAGGUAUCUUGUGCACAAUGGAGAACCGAAAGAUUUUAUACUUGUUCGACGUGGACGGCACCCUGACGAAACCGCGACAAGUAAUUAGUAAGGAGUUGAAGCAGUUUCUUUUGAACAAAGUGAAGCCGAAGGUGGCACUCGGUCUGGUGAGCGGCUCGGAUUACAGCAAGGUUGCGGAGCAGAUGGACGGCGAGGAGGCGGCCGCGCACUUUGACUAUGUUUUUUGUGAGAAUGGCCUCAUGUACUUUCGCAAUGGGCAGCUUGUUUCUGCACAAAGCAUCCUCAACCAUCUUGGUGAACAAACCCUUCAGAAAGUGAUCAACUUUGCAUUGAAUUACAUGUCCAAACUCGAGCUCCCAGCCAAGAGAGGCAACUUUAUAGAAUUCCGAACCAGUAUGAUCAAUAUUUGCCCAGUUGGUCGCUCUUGUAACCAGACAGAAAGGGACCAAUUUGUACAGUUUGACGCUGUGCAUAAAGUUAGAGAAACAUUUGUAAAGGUAUUGCAAAGAGAAUUUGCUAGUAGUGGAUUGACAUUUGCACUUGGAGGUCAAAUCAGUGUGGAUGUGUUUCCGAAUGGGUGGGACAAGACCUACUGUCUGAGACAUGUUGAAUGUGACAAUUAUGAGGAAAUACACUUCUUUGGAGACAAAACUGACCCUGGGGGAAAUGAUUACGAAAUUUACACAGAUCAGCGCACCAUUGGACACAUGGUUACAUCCCCAGAUGACACCAAGCAACAAGUACAACAGUCUCUGAAUAUUCUAUAAAAUUGGCUAAUUUUUAGUUUGGUUCCGUAAAAUCUAAAUAUGUCUAUGUGAUCAAUUUAUCUGUAAAAUAACUGUUUUAACACAAUAACUAUUUGUGAAUAUAAUAUAUCGAAAGAUACAAUUAUAAAAUAUAUCACAUAGAAACAUGCGUUGUAGGUUAACUUGAGCCAAUAAUAAUAAAUGUAAACUCUGCCUACCCCAAUGGGGAUCCAAGGACAUGAGUAUAUGUGCGAAGAGUAUAUGUAUACUGUACAGAUUAAUAGUAUACAUAUAAUAAUACUAUUGUGCAUGUUUUCCUCUCUUGAGGACCAAAUAUCAAAAAGAAAAUCAAAAAUAGGUGUCUCUUUGGAGUCAAAAUAAAUAUUGCUUCAU